UCCGGCUCCGCCCGCGUGUCCCCUUCGGGCCCCGUCCCGCCCGUUUCCCGAGGGCUGCGGGGCACCGCUCGGGGAAUCGCCCUUGGGCCUGUGAGCCGCAUCCGCGGGUCCCCGAGCAUCGUCAGCGGGAGAGCACCGGGGGACGGACCCGCCCGGGGGGGCAGCGGGCACCAGCUGGUGCCUCUGCCAUCCUCACCCCAGGGACAGGAGGCGCUUUGGGUUGGUUCGUGGGGUGGAGUUUGGGCACAGCCAGCGCCUGUGUGUGUGUGCCUGGAGCUCCUUAGACUGUUGCUGCCGGGAAGUGGUGUCCUUACACCGACGGAACGGCAUCAGCUGCGGCUGGAGUCGCUCAGGACAGCAAUACCCCAUGGCACUGAAACAAUCAGAGAAGAGCCUUCUUUCCUCCCAGAUUCUGGGUCUCAGUGACCUUUCAGGAGCUCCCCAUGAAGUGCCACUGUCUGGGUAUCACAGGAAGCGGAUCCAAGAGACUGAUUCAGCCUACUUGAGGCUAGCAAAGCAAGGAGGCCGACCUGACCUACUGAAGCACUGCACUCCUGUGGUAAUGAAGACCCCUCCAGCAGCAUAUGCUGCACCUGACUGGUUCUCACACUGUGCCAAUCCCGCAGGGAUUGAGAAGCCACGGAGCUGUGUUUUCUCUCUACCAGAUUAUAUGGUUCACAGAGAGUUUGUGGCUGAUGACCAUCGCAGUCACAGUUAUGAGACAAGAAGAGGGCCUUUUGAUUUUGAUACAAAAAGUGUUUGGCAGCGGGAAGCUGAGGACAAAGAAAGUGCAGAGAAAAAGAAGAUUUCUCUAACACAGGUAAAGCUCCCACCUAUAAGCCCUAAAUAUCCAAGCAGAAUGCCAACUGUUUCUACAAACAAGGAAUUUAGUGGAGAAAAUAAGCUUUCCUUCCCACCCGUGCCUGCUCAGAGAAAAAGUGAAGCCGUAAAUUUUAGCAAAUUAAUAAGCAAUGGUUACGCAACUGACUGGUUUCAGCAGUGUACUGGAUGGGAAGAAAAGAUUGAAGAAACAUCAGAAAAUAGUGAGCAAUCUGAAGAUUCAGAACAAUCUGAAUCACUGCCUGCAAGCAAUGAGUUAAAGCCACCGUUUCAGGGAUGUAAUGAGUAACUUGAUAGACUGUUGGGGAAGCAAAAGCCUUGUAUUGCUUAUAUAGCCCACUAUUUACAUGCUGGCUAGAUUAUUUUUGUAAUUUAAUUCAUCGCUGGUUGGGAAGUUUGUGAGAUGGAUUAACUUCAUUGGGCUUGAUAACAGCAAUUUUUAGAGAGCAGGCAGCAGCUGUCAGUGCUUAGUCCUAGAUGUUUUCAUAAUAUAAUAAACCAAAUAAAGCAAAACUGAGGUUUUCUCCUGCACAAGACUCCUGCUGCUUUGCUGUUCUCAAACAGGGUUACCAUAUUGCUGCUGACUUGACUAGACAGAGCCAUGCUAUUGAUGUGUCCAAAUCAGCAAAUUUCUUCAGUUAAAUAUAGCUGUACUGAUGAAUUAUGCCACAAAGAAAUGUUAAGGGGAACUGUGUAGUAUGGGAUGAAAUGGAUAGAAAGAAUUGAACUGGUAUGGAUACUUGCAGUAAAGAAGUCAAAGCUUCACUGAAAAGACUGCUUCUUCAUCCCAAAAACUCAUUUACUUUGAACAGAUGCUCAGCUUUCUAGGACAGUUCUAUUGCUGUGCCUGCUGCACAAGAACUAGUUGAUCAGUCAUAGUAUUCAAGUACAUAAUUAAAGACCUGGUAGCAUUUCCUGUUAUAUGGACUCAGCUAUUUAUGAUGUCUGCACUUUCAGCUGUCAGAUAAAAAAAUUAUCUAUCCUGAAGUCUUGACUGCAACAAAAAUAUUAUAUGCUAGAUCACUGUGUUUAUUCACAUCAGUAGAAGUUUGUACUUUGAAAUAGCAAUGUAUUGAAGUUGUACUUUAAUAUUUUGAAAAAGUUAAGAUACACUGAUAGUUCAACACUUGCUAUUUUAUCUCCUUGGAUUAGCAUAUAUCCUGGAAUCUUAUUAAUAAUUAAAUAUUGGUUGUAAAGU